GAUUCUCUCUUUUGCUCUCUUCUUUAAGAUAAAAAACAAAUAGAUAAGCAAAAAUGGCGACAGCAACAAUGAGUGAAAUUGAAUUACAAAAAGAAAUAUUUGAUAAAAUAUCAAAUAAUGAUACAAUUGGAUUAAAAACAUUGUUAAGUUCAUUUAAAGUUAAAAUACAAUGUGUUGAUGAGCAUGGUAUGAGUCCACUUCAGUAUGCUUGUUUCAAGGGUAACAAAGAAAUAGCACAGAUGCUUCUUGAUCAGGGAGCAGAUGUUAAUUUUUGUCAACAUGAACAUGCAUAUACUGCAUUACAUUUUGGUGCAUUAAGUGGUGAUGCUGAUUUGUGCAAUUUAUUAAUGAGCCAUGGUGCUAAAAUAACAAGUAAAAAUAGUGUUGGAAGAACAGCAGCACAAAUGGCUGCAUUUGUUGGUAAUCAUAGUUGUGUAUCAGUUAUUAAUAAUUAUAUACCAAUUGCUGAUAUUGAUUACUAUAUUAAACCACAAGGUUUACGUACUGAACCAAUGUUACCACCUCAUCUUGCUGAUUCAUUUCAUAAAUUUAUCAUGCAAGUUAAUGUUCAUCCAGUUAGAAUAGCAAUGACACUUCAAAAAUGUCUUGGGCUUGUUGAUAAUCUUGAAAAGAUUCAUAAAGUUUUGGAGUCAAUGAGACAAAGAGAAAUGACACGUGGUGCUGAUACAAAUGAAGUAAUGGCAUUUAAAUAUCAUUAUUUAUCAUGUGUCGUACAAGAAGUUAUAAAAUGUCAAAAAUUACUUGAAGCAAGAAAAAAUGAUAAUAAUUUACAAAAUGAUAAAAUAAAAACAACAGAUCCAAUUGAAUUUUUUAUUCGUAAAUUAUUAAAACAUAAUUCAAAAAAUGAUAUUAAAACAUUAAAUUUUAAACCAGAAUAUCAAGAAUUAUUUUUACGUGAAACAGUACGUGAAUUUCCAUUUAGAGAAAGUACAAUAUUUCGUCAAAUGGUUGCAACACUUGCUGGUACUGAUCCACCAUCAGCAUCAUCAGUUGUAUCAGCAGCAAUAAAUGGACAACGUGCAUUUGUUGAAUUAUCACAAAUGUGUGUUACAUGUGGUGAAGAUAAAGCUAAUAAAAAAUGUAGUAAAUGUAAAGCUGUACAAUAUUGUGAUCGUGAGUGUCAACGAUUACAUUGGUUUUUACAUAAAAAAGAAUGUACAAGACUUGAACAACCAUCAAUUGUACAAACAAAUAACACAAAAAUUAUUGAUGCUGAUGAUAAAAUUAAAAUUGCCGAUGCAAUUAAACAUGAAAUUGAUAAUUUAACAAUAAAGUAAUGUACAAAUUUAUCAUUUUAAUUAGUUCAAUUAUUAUUUGUAAUUAUUUUUUGUUUUUCAUUCUCAUUUUUUUUUUUAUCUUUGCAUUUAAUUAAUAAUUAAAAAAUUAUUAUUUAUAUUUAUUUAAUUUUACCAAUUUUCAUUGGAUAUAUUAUUUAUUUAUAUUAAAUUUUCUGAAAGUUUAAUAACAGAGUUAUCAAGAAUGAAUGAUAAUCGUCCAAAAGAUCCAAAAAAAAAAAAAAAUUAUUAACUUUCACCGGACCUCGAACGACAGUUUGGUCCGAUGAUCAAUACGUUACAAAAGUGUGUGAAAGUAUUUUAAACUCUUUACUUAUUAUAUUAUUCCAAAAAAAAAACAAAUUUAAUUUUUCAAUUAUUAUUAUUUUGUUAAUUUAAAAAAUACAUACUUUUUUUUUUUGUUUAAUGGACCAAAGAAGAAAUAAAUAAAUUUAAAAAAUAUAUAGAAAAUAAUUCAACAAUAUUAUGUUGUUAAUAAAAAAAUAAAUAAAAAUAAAAACAAAGUGAAAAUAUUUAAAAAUAAUAAUAAAAAAAGAAACGGUACUUGAGUAUAAUAUUUUAAAACAAAAAAAAGUAUUUCCGAAUGUUGAAGGAAGAGUAAAAGGAAACAGUAAAAUAAAAAAAAAAAAAAAUAUGAAUUGAACUGGCGGGGGCAAUGAGGCACAAUGACGAUAAUAAAAUUGGCGAAUCUUUAGUCAACGAAUCAAGCGUAUCGAGUUAGCAUCAUCGGUGUAAUUAAUUUGUUUUCUAAAUUAAAAAAAAAAAAAAAAAUGAAUAAACUAAAUUUAAUAUUAAUAAUUAUAUUUAUUAAAAAUUCAAUUUGUAU